CUUGGUGGAACAUUUACUGACUCCAACAUUGUAUUUUUGUUUGUAAGGGUUUUUGUGAAGUUUAGCAAUCUAGUAUAGGUAAGGUAAUUCAUAUCCAUCCAUCCCAUUGACUGAGAUAUUAUAUGUGUCUAAAACGGACGCAUGAUUUUGAAGAAUUUCAUCUUUUCAAAGACUGAUGAAGUAUAAGUAGGAUAACAAAAUGUGGAAUUAAAGUUCGUUUGCAAUACAGUUGAGCCUUACAAACAAAGACAAUGUUGUUACAAAUUUGUCAGCUGAAACCAAAACAUAUUCUUCAUAUAACUUAUCCAAUUCUUUGAUCAAUUCUGGUUUAAAUAAAUAACGAUAUUUACUUGGCAUGUCUCUAAAUCAUAUUUUUACAAGUCGUAAAUUUUAUCUAUAUUUAGUUGAAUUAUACAACAAAAACAAUGCACACAUGGAAGGUUAAACCGACCAAUCAAAUAAUUAACUAUCCGCCCACGAAGAACCACAGGGGAUGUGUCACCUGUAUAAACACAUAAUUAACACUGCCGGGCUAGUCCCAGGCAUUCACCGUUAUCAAGGUAAGUAAUUACACGCUUAAGUAAUGAUACGCUACCACCACCUCAAGAGAUCGAGAGUGAAAAACAAGGAAUAUGUUAUACGGGACUCAAAUUUUCUCUUCGAGAGAUUGAGAACUUUAAGAGAUCAAACGUUGACGAUAUCCAGAGUAAAUUUGUCUAAUUUGCCUAACUUGAUCGAGAGAACAAUCGGGGCCGUGAUUUCAGUUUGCGAGAUCAAGAAGAACUUGGAGAGAUCGAAGUUCGAGCUAUCUAAAGUCACCUGUGCGUUUUGAAUUGAAGUUUAAUGUGAUGCUACGUUUAUUUAAGGAAAUGUCGAAGUCUGACAUUCGAUGUUUGAUUUGGUGCGCUUAAGGUGGAAUCUAACGUAGAGCACGUGACUAAUCACAUGACACUGAAAAAUGCGUAUAUGUAGGUAAUUUUAUUGCCAAGUUAUACUUUUGCUGCGAUGUCUGUCCUCAGCAUGGAAAAUUAUAUCAAGGCGAUCCAAAAUCUGUUAUUAUUCUCACAGCUCUUAGUGGCAGUAUACGUUCAGUGCGAAAAUAUUCAUCUGAACAAAAUUUCUACCUUAAAUAUACCGUCAUCAUACACCGCCAUGGGGGCACCUGUAUUCACGUUAAAAAGUGGAUCUGCCGAACAGCUAGCUUAUGAUCCGCAGGACAAAUUCGUGUACAUUGUUGGGGCGUCCAAACUCAAUGUCGUCGAUAUAUCAGACAUUGUAAAUCCAAAGGUUGUUUUUCAUCACUUUUUGGGAGAUUUUGAUCCAACUGACGUCGAAUUCUGUGGAGGUCAUGUUUUUGUGGCUUUGGAUAACAAUCACAACAGAGAGGCUGGAAGACUGGUGGUUUUCAAGAAGUAUGAUAUGAAUACCAACUCUAUGGAAGCAGUUUUGAAUAUUACAGUCGGCCCUCUACCAGACAUGCUUCUGCCGACGUCCGACUGUAGAACUGUUCUAAUCGCAUUGGAGGCAGAAGCAUUCGCCAGAGAGGGCAGUUUAGUUGACCCCGAAGGAGGAAUAGGACUUUUGAAAUUCCUCGACGCUGAUCACAUCUCUAACUUAAACUACUCAUAUAAAAAACUGAAUUUUCACUACUUUAAUGACAGGUGGAAUGACUUGUCAAAUUCCGGUGUGCGUUUUGUUUACAAAGGUCAAAAUAAUUCAUUCUCUCAAGAUUUAGAACCAGAAUAUGUCACAUAUAGCAAAGAUGAAAAGAAAGCCUAUAUUUGUCUUCAGGAAAAUAACGCCAUAGCAAUUGUGGAUUUAGAGACAGAAAAUAUCACAUCAAUUCACGGACUAGGUUUCAAAAACUGGAGUAACUCUAAACUAGAUGCAAGCGACAGAGACAAUGGAAUAAACAUUAGAUCCCUACCGGUGUAUGGAAUGUUCCAGCCCGAUUCCAUUCACGCAGUAGAAGUGGACGAUGUCGAAUACCUUAUCACAGCCAAUGAAGGAGACAGCAAAGACUAUUCUGGUUUCACAUUGAACAUAGCUGGUUUUAACGAAGAAGCUCGAGCCAAGGAUAUCACACUUUCAAAUAAUUCGGAAGUAAGCCGGUGGGCGUUGGAGAACAACGUGAAUAAUAUCAUGGACAAUGAGAAUUUAGGCAGGCUUCAAAUAACUACAGAGAAUGGACGAUUAUCUGACGGUACUUAUGAAAAACUGUUCACAUUUGGUGGUCGAGGAUUUUCUGUUUGGAGGACCGAUACAAUGUCUAGAAUAUAUGAUAGCGGAAGUGACGUUGAAGAUACCCAUGCGCACUCUAGACCUGAUCUUUUUAAUGCCAAUCCAGAAUCUGAAACAGUCAUCAAAGAAACAAUGGACUCUCGAUCUGAUAACAAAGGUCCUGAAAGUGAAAGCCUUGCGAUUGGUCAUGAUGACAAUAGAUUGAUAGUCUUCCUUGGAAAUGAGAGACCAGGUUCUAUCAGUAUAUAUUCAUUUAAUGGAGAUAUGGCCACACCUAAUUUCGAAAGUGUAUACUGGGAUAUACCGAACUCGGAGGAAACGUGGAUACAGGCUUUCAACCAGCGGACCUUAAGCAGCUUAGACCCAGAAGAUCUAAAGUAUAUUACUCCGCGUGAAAGUCCCAGUGGCCGAGCGCUACUGCUUGUGGCGGGCUCUGUUAGUGGAACUCUCUCUAUACUAGAAGUACAAGGUGUCAGUACAGAUAAUACAAGAAGUAGCGGAUCUCAAAACUGUAUAGACAGUAGCGUGGUUGCCAUACUUUUCAUACUGCUCACAGUAUGUCUACAUCAGCUCUAUGAUUACAACUACAGCUAGUUUUGAAAAACAUGUAAAUGUGAUUUCUUAUUAAAUUCUUGUUUCAAU